CUGAUCACGGCUUCAACUCCUCCACACCAGACACCAACGCAUCCAAUCGUUCUGAACUACAUGUACAUAAGUGAUUGACAAACUCCUUGUCGGGAAAGACACGACGACCCAAUGAACACGAAGGCGAUUGUAAAGCGCUUGGAGGCAUUCACGAGCUGUGAUGUCGCCGACGCCCUCCUCAAGCUCAAAGUGCCUCACGGCGGCUUUCUGGCGGGCUUAACAAUGUGGUCACCUCAACGACAAGAAGGGCCAACGAGGAUCGUCGGGCCGGCAUACACCGUGAAAUAUGUGCGCAAGAAUUACGAGAACGAGCCGAAACCGGCUGGGCACUACAUCGACAGCGUGCCCAGCGGCUCCGUGGUCUUCAUUUCGGCUCCGCCUCGAAUGAUCAACGCGUGCUAUGGCGGUCUGAUGAGCAAUCGGGCCAAGUAUCUCGGGGCUGUGGGGACGGUAAUUGACGGACGGCUGAGAGACUUGCAAGAACACCGCGAUCUUCACUAUCCGGUCUUUGCGCGCGAUGUCGGAACUACAGCUCCUCAAGAAGUUGCGCGUGUGAGCGAGGUCAACGCCCCGGUGCGGCUCAACAGCGAGGAGCAGGAUGCCGUGAUCAACCCUGGUGAUAUAUUGAUUGGCGACAUCAACGGCGUCGUUUGCUUACCCCAAGGCUUGGCCGAAAAGGCACUGGAUCUGAUGCAGUCGCAAGUGGAUGCCGAUGUGAAAGUGGCCGCAGAUAUCAACAAGGGAAGGACGGCCGCUGAAGCAAUGAAGGAGCAUAGAGCGAAUGUCAAACAGCCAUAAUGCACAUCCACCGCGUAGUAACAGUCAGCGUCGGAGCGAGCUACUGAUGGUCGAAGUUGAUGCAGAUGAAGUCUAGAAGCAGUGUCAUUGAUCAUAUCUCACUACUCUAGACUGAAAUGCGGC